UCUGUCUGUCUGUCUAGUACUCUACCAGAUCUGUAUGGAGGUAGGAGGGGUGCCUGUCUAGUACUCUACCAGAUCUGUAUGGAGGAUCCCAUAGCAACCGUCACCUCGGUAACCAGUAAACCCAAAAGCAAGUGGAGGCCGCUGCCCCUGGACACAGUGGAAAUGGAGAAGCUGGUUUCCAGGAAGUUGAGAAUCGGCGCCAAAGAGACCAUGAAGAUCGCUGAGAAACUUUACACACAGGGGUUAAUCAGUUAUCCGCGUACAGAGACCAACCUGUUCCCUAAGGACCUGGCCCUGGGCCCCCUGGUGGAGCAUCAGACACACAGCCCCUCCUGGGGGGCCUUCGCUAGGGGAGUGAUGGAGCAGCCAGGGGGACCCAACCCACGGCAGGGCACCAAGACAGAUCAGGCUCACCCCCCUAUACACCCCAUCAAGUACACCAGCACUCUACAGGGCAACGAGCAGCGUGUGUAUGAGUUCAUUGUGCGUCACUUUCUGGCGUGCGUAUCCCUUGAUGCUGUGGGGCAGGAAACGGUGGUCGAGGUGGAAAUGGCUAACGAGAGGUUCUCCGCCAACGGCCUCAUGAUCAUCAGGAGGAACUACCUGGACGUGUACCCCUACGACCGCUGGAGCACUAAGGUGAUCCCAGUGUAUGAGCAGGGUAGCCAGUUCCAGCCGUCAGCCAUAGAGAUGUUGGAUGGCCAGACCUCUCCUCCUCAACUCCUCACAGAGGCAGACCUCAUAUCACUGAUGGAGAAACAUGGCAUCGGUACGGAUGCCACCCACGCAGAUCACAUUGAGACCAUAAAGAGCCGUAUGUACGUGGGACUAACAGCUGAUCAGAGGUUUCUACCAGGAGAACUGGGGAUGGGACUGGUGGAGGGGUAUAACUCCAUGGGGUAUGAGAUGUCUAAGCCAGACCUGCGGGCGGAGCUGGAGGCGGACCUGAAGCUGGUAUCGGAGGGGAGGAAGGACAAACAGAGCGUGUUGAGACACCACGUUCACAAAUACAAGACGGUCUUCGUAGAGUCUGUCAAGAAAGCCAAGAGGUUGGACGAGGCUCUGUCUAUCUAUCUGGGCGCAGCCCAGGAGUUCAGCGAAUCAGAGCAGCAGGAUAUGGAGAUGCCCCUCCCAGUCAGGAAGUGUCCUCAGUGUGGGCGGGACAUGGUGCUGCGGAGGAGGAAGGAGGGGAACGGGAAGUACCUGUCUUGCGUUGGUUACCCAGAAUGCAAGUGUUCCGUGUGGUUUCCUGACACGGUGUUAGAGGUCAACAGAGACGAGUCUGUCUGUCCCACCUGUCAGCCCCGCCCCGUUCACAUGUUAAAGUUGAAGUUCCGACGAGGCAGCCUCCCUCCCAUGAUGCCGCUGGAGUUCGUGGGCUGCAUCGGAGGGUGUGACGAGACACUGAGGGAGGUGCUCAACCUCAAAUACCUCAGAAUGAGUGGAGGAGGGGUGGCGGGAGGAGUAGGAGGAGCUGGGGGAGGAAGAGGAGGAGCUGGGGGAGGAAGAGGAGGAGGAGGAAGGGGAGACACUGCAACCAGUCAGCCUAGACCUCGCCCAGCCCCCAGACCCAGACCGGACCCCCUGUCUCCCCAAGCCCCCAACCCCCCCUCCUCGUCCUGGCCCCCCCACCCUCGCCCUGACCCCCAGGCCCCACCCCCUGACCCCAGAGGUGGUGACAUCACCGUGUGUAACUGUGGGUCGGAGGCGGUCCUCCUCACGGUGAAGAAAGACGGGCCUAACCAGGGAAGACAGUUCUAUAAAUGUUCCUCUGGAGGCUGUAACUUCUUCCUGUGGAACGACCAGCCCAACACUAACAUUUACCCUCCAGGCCCCCAGGGGGCGCCACCCAGCAGGCCACACCAGCCCCCCAGGACCUCCGUGGGGGUGGGGGGAGGAGGAGGAGAGGUGGUGUGUAACUGCAGUGAGCCGGCGGUUCAGAGGACAGUCCAGAAGGAAGGACCUAAUAAAGGAAAGGUGUUUCAUACCUGUGGGAGACCCAGAGAUCAACAGUGUGGAUUCUUCCUCUGGGCUGACGAGAACGCCCCACCACCAGGUUCAGGUUCUGGAGAGAGAGGAGGGGGAGACUGGGGGAAGAGGGGGAGGGAGACUGGGGGAGGAGGAGCUCCCACCACCGCCAGACCCCCCACCGUCAGGAAACCCCGUACCUGUGGCAUCUGUCACAUGCCUGGACACACACGUGUCACCUGCCCUCAGCGCUGACCUUUAACCCCGGAUCCCACUGCUGCCAUGGAGAUGCUCUGACCCCAGUGUGAUCUUGUCCCCGACCUCUGACGUGAUCAGGAAGCUCUGCGAUUGAUGUUUGAUAUAAACACAGAACUAGAAUCAGUUUACCUUCAACCCCGCCCCUAACCCUAACCAUCAGGAGGGGAUCCCAAACUGACCAGAGGUCAGGGUUCAUUUGGGACAGGAGUGGAUCCCAAACUGACCAGAGGUCAGCUUCUAGAGGUGUUAAACCAGGGUUCAUUUGGGACAGGAGGGGAUCCCAAACUGACCAGAGGUCAGCUUCUAGAGGUGUUAAACCAGGGUUCAUUUGGGACAGGAGUGGAUCCCAAACUGACCGGAGGUCAGCUUCUAGAGGUGUUAAACCAGGGUUCAUUUGGGACAGGAGUGGAUCCCAAACUGACCGGAGGUCAGCUUCUAGAGGUGUUAAACCAGGGUUCAUUUGGGACAGGAGUGGAUCCCAAACUGACCAGAGGUCAGCUUCUAGAGGUGUUAAACCAGGAGUGGGACCUGGGUUCAUUCUGCCUGUGUCUCACCUCUGACAGAGAAACUGCUUUUAUAAUGACAUGGAGAAUGUUGUGAAUACAUAAUAUUUUACAGAGAAAUAAAUGAAUGGAUUUGAAUGGUAAUUUGUCCCCAAUAUGUAACAUUGGAGAUAAAGAAUAGAAUUGUAAAUCCAAGUAGCAGCUGGCAGGAGACUGACUGGAGAAAAGAGAAGAUUAAUACUGUUAUUUUUGAAUGUUUAUAUAAAAUCACUGAACCCAGCAAUCUGUUGUCCUGUAUUCUGU